AUGAAGUGGUUUUUUUCGACCCCUCGAUGCACCCGUCCCGAUUGGGCUGCCGCUCACGCUUGCUGUGCGGCGCUACGCUCUUGUGUACAGGAACAAAGAGAUCAAUCCCAGGGAUUUCGGCCCAGUGGCCUCCACAAACAAGACAAGAAAUUGCGAAACUGGUCAGCCCUUUGCUUCCCUCAUUAUGUCAUUUAUUAUUUCUUUUCUUUGCCUUUAUUUUUUGCAUCUGUUUUUCCCCAAGCGUAUUGUCCUGCUUUCUGGCGGGGCUUCAUCUCUCCUGAUGCGCAGAAUUGCGCUUGUGCAGCUUCGUGCAAGAGCUGUCGCUACCACUUUCUCAAGCAAAGAUUCGGAGAUCGUUGCCUCCGGCCCAAUGCAGAAUUAAGGUUUUCCGCAAAUCCAGAAUUCCCGCGAUAUCCACGUCUGGUCAUGUGUGUACUGGGCCAUACGCUUACACUUGUCUUCUCUACCACGUGGCGCAUGACGCGCGCACUGCACACGCGCCGCGAUAAGACGCUGGUUGCUGCACUGGCUGCAUGCCGCGUUGUACAAACGUAUUGGGGAACUGGUCCGACUGGUUUGUCUAGUGGACAAGGUUAUUUUUUCCGUACAAUAUUUUUCGCCGCUGCAUUAGGGAUUGUAGUCUUGGAUCUGUGGGUUGAGCGAAUGGAAAGAUAG